AUGGUAGCCAAGAGUAAAGAUCCUAAAGAAGAUGAAGUGAUGGAAGAACAUGUCGCUGAAGAGGAAGUUCAAGAGGUUGGGAAUGGAGAAGAAGAUGAAGAUGAAGAUGAAGAGGUGGAAGAAUAUGAAGUACAAGCUAUUUUGGAUCAUAAACAAUCUAAAGUGAAUCUCGUCGCGUGGAAAGGUUAUGGUCCCGAACACAAUACCUGGGAGCCUGAACAAAAUGUCUCCCACGCAGACGGUAUCGUCAAAGCAUAUUGGGAAACCCGCCCAAAGACCAUCGAAAAGGUCAAGAAACGCAGUCGUCAAUCGAGCACCCCUGUCAAGAUGGACAAAAAACCUCGUACUUCCAAGUCAGCCAAUGGCAGCUCGCGUCGUAAACCCAUCUCUGUCGACGAGGACGAUGUCGGUCCGGAUUGGGAAGAGACCCACGUAGAUGCGGUUGAUAAAUAUGAAGAUGUGAGAGACUGGGAAGAAUUGGUGUCGACUGUUGACACGAUCGAGAGGGGUGAAGGAGGGACUUUGCUCGUUUACAUGACAAUGACUGGUGGAGAGAAAGUGGCUCAAAGCACUGAAAUUGCGUACAAGCGUUGUCCUCUGAAAAUUCUCAAGUUUUACGAGGCACACCUCAAGUGA